AUGUCUAAGAAGCAUACUGUCCUAAUUACCGGCUGCUCUGAUGGCGGUCUCGGCUCCCAUCUUGCCCUCCAAUUCCAGGCAGCCGGAUGGCGCGUCUUUGCCACAGCUCGAAAUUUGUCCAAGCUCAAGGAGGCUAAGAAGUCGGGCCUUGAAAUACUUCAUCUCGACACCCUGUCUAACGACUCCAUCCGCAAAUGCGUUGCUGAGGUUAGUGAGCUGACCGGUGGAUCACUUGAUGCGCUGGUCAAUAAUGCGGGCGCUGGGUACUCAAUGCCAGUCAUGGACAUCGACAUCCAAAAGGGGCGUGAUCUUUUCGAGCUCAAUGUCUGGUCUAUCAUCAGUGUGACGCGGGCAUUCCUUCCACUUCUCAUGCGGUCAACUCGCGAAGGCGGCGCCCUGCUCGUUAACCAUGGCUCGCUUUCUGGAACUAUUGCAGCCACUGGCCCCUUUGCAGGUGUAUACAAUGCCUCCAAGGCAGCAGCAGCUAGCUUCACGGAGAAUCUACGAUUAGAGCUGCAGCCGUGGAAUAUUAGAGUCGUCAACUUGCUAACGGGUGCUGUGCGAUCCAAUUUUCACGUCAAUGCGCCACGUCCCGUGUUGCCUUCAAAUUCGCUCUUCAAUAUUGCCAAGGAUAUUGUUGAACAAGCCAUGGAUAACUCAGACGAUUCUGGUGAUACUGAUCCAGCGACAUGGGCGCGCCAGGUUGUGCAAGAACUCAGCAAGCGCAGCCCUGCGUAUUGGAUCUGGCGAGGCAAGUUCUCGACAUUGGUAAGACUGGGUAACAUUCUUCCACUGGGCUUCUUCGAUCGCAUAAUGAAGAAAAUGGUAGGACUUGACGUGAUUGAACAAAGGGUCAAGCAGCAAGAAAGGUCUUCUUGAACAAGUCGUGAAAUACCCUAUAGUGACGGAUUAAUUUGCGAUUUAGGCGUUAUGCCAGGCCCACAAGACAUACCCGCUCUUUGUAUAUAUCACAGUGAC